CGGGCUGUCAGCUGUGCGCUCAGCAGAAGGUGUGUUCAGUUGACGUGGGGUUUUCUGGAGCGCAGUAUCGUGUCGCUCUCUCGCGGGCGCGUCUCCUCGCCGCUGUGGGUUUUGUUUGAUCGACCUCGUGCAGCCCCUUCCACGCGUGUCCCCCCCCCCCUCCCCCACACACGCACACAUCUCCCUCUUUCACGCGGAUACACGUCUCAAGGAACAAGACGCGUUUAUGGUCCUGGCUGAAGAUUUCACGAUGUCUCGCACCGACGAGGUUCACCGCAUGACGGAAAAUGUCUACAAGACCAUCAUGGAGCAGUUCAACCCCUGCUUACGGAACUUUGUUGCCAUGGGGAAGAACUAUGAGAAGGCCCUCGCCAAUGUGACAUUUGCUGCCAAAGGCUACUUUGAUGCUCUGGUCAGAAUGGGUGAACUGGCCAGUGAGAGUCAAGGAUCCAAAGAUUUGGGGGAUGUGCUGUUCCAGAUGGCUGAGGUCCACAGACAGAUCCAAGUGCAGCUCGAGGAGAUGUUGAAAUCCUUCCACAACGAGCUGCUCUCCGAGCUGGAGAAGAAGGUGGAGCUGGACGCUCGUUAUCUGACUGCUGCCCUUAAGAAAUACCAGAUGGAGCACAAGAGCAAAGGGGAGAGUCUGGAGAAGUGCCAGGCCGAGCUGAAGAAGCUGCGCAGGAAGAGCCAGGGCAGCAAGAACCCCUCCAAGUACGGAGAGAAAGAGAUGCAGUUUGUGGAGACCAUCAGCAGUAAGCAGACUGAGCUGGACACCUUUAUCGCUGAGGGCUACAAGACCGCCUUAUCUGAGGAGCGCCGCAGGUACUGCUUCCUGGUAGACCGCCAGUGUGCCGUGGCCAAGAACAGCAGUGCCUACCACGGCAAGGGCAAAGACCUUCUUACCCAGAAGAUUCCAAUGUGGCAACAGGCCUGUUCGGACCCCAACAAGUUGCCUGAGAGGGCCAUGCUGCUAGCCCAGCAGAUGGGCUCUGCCUCUAUUGGGGGCACGAGCCCCCUGCAUACCUCCAAAUCCAACCUGGUCAUCUCCGACCCAAUCCCUGGAGCCCAGCCACUUCCUGUGCCCCCAGAGCUGGCCGUCUUCAUGGGUAGUGGCCUUGGACACCCAGCAAGGCUGAUUGGCCCUGAUGGCAUGUCCAUGGUCAAUGGGACAACAGGAGUCCAUGGAGAGGAAUAUUGGACAGAUGGGGGGACGAUGUCCGUGUCUCAAGUCAGGCCUUCGUCCCCUCAGACCCAGGCGCAGGGCCAGCCCCAGUCUCAGCCUCAGAGACAGGUCAGCGAUGUCUACUCCAACACACUCCCUGUGCGCAGGCCUGCCCCCGCCAAGAAUAAGAACCCUGUGGGUGAGACACGGACCCUACCCAGAUCCAGUUCCAUGGCUGCAGGGCUGGAGAAGAACGGGCGUGCUCGUGUCCAGGCCAUCUUCUCCCACGCUGCUGGUGACAACGGCACCCUGCUCAGCUUUUCCGAGGGCGAUGUCAUUACCCUGCUAGUGCCUGAAGCCCGUGACGGCUGGCACUAUGGGGAGAAUGAGAAGAACAAGAUGCGCGGCUGGUUCCCGUUCUCCUACACGCGCGUGCUGCCCGAAAGCGACAGUGAGAAGCUCAAAGUGAAUUUGCACCAUGGGAAAAGUAGCAGCACAGGGAACUUGUUGGAGAACGACGGAUCACUGCCCACACCUGACUAUGGCCUGACCGCCCGACUGCUGGCACAGAGCUUAGCACAGACCCGCCCACGCCCUUACAGCAUGGCAGGCUUUGGCACACAGCCUGCUAUUGAGGAUUAUGACGGCCGCUUUGCCACAAGUUUGGGUCCAGAAUUGUCCCGGUUCUGAGGGAACAGGACCUCCUGACCGCGCCCUGGAGGUCUACCUCCGGCCCACCUUUACUGACGACCGAUCUGCACCCAUCUUCUACUAGCGGCCUGCUGUUCCCUUUCUGUCCAAUCAUGGGCCCUUGUUUCUAUAAGUGGAGAAAGAAAAGGGCCAACGCUGGCAUGUUUUUAAAUUGUGUGAUUGGGAUAAAAAAAAACUCUCCUCACAGGCCAUGUUACUGUACUAAGAACCUAGUUUAUUUGCUGUGGAAAUUCCCUCGGAGAAUUUCCGGUCAGUUCUCGUGAUGUUAAAUUUGCUUUCACAGAUGUUGAAUGUCUGAGCCUGAACAUUCGAGUGUGGCAGUGUAGAUUUUAUUAGUUAUUUAGAUUACACCGGUUGUGGAUGAGGUAUGGCUAAUAGGUUUUUAACUAGCGAUGCUGUCACGUUAUUAUUUAUCUGCACUUCUACUAUGGGAUUUUCUUUUUUUCUUUUUUUUUUUUCCUUCAACACUGUAAAUUACGUUUUAGGAUUACUUACAUUAAUGAGCAGUGGAGGCACACUCUGCAGUAGUUGUUUUAAGUGAGGCUCGAGGGUGAAUAUAACACAGUGGGUUCAGUGAAUCACUGUUAUAUGCACUGAAGACACAGUGUAGACUGGAUCCUGCCACAGAAAGCUAGAACUAGACAGUUGCUGAGUAAACUGUAAUUCUGCUUUUGUUAAGUGAAAUAGUAACUUACUAUAGAUUUACUAGUUGUGAUACAGUACACCCAGAUGUGGGAACUGUGCCUUCUACUUUGUUUUUUUGGAAACGUAGGCUCCAUACAGAAUUAGCCAACUCAUUCUGGAAGCUGGGAUUAUUUGCCCGUUUGUGUUUGCUUGUAAUGUCACUUUUCUGAGAUACAGCGCGUACAUAGUGGGUCGUUUUUUUUAAAUAUUUAGCUUUGCGGGAGUGGUAGCUUAUCAGAUAAGGUACAGUAUUAUCAUAGUUAUUGAGAUCAUUCUCAGUAUUAUAAACUCAUCUGGGAGAGGAGCUUGAGGCAGAGCCGUUUAUGCAUGUGUGAGGGGAUAGUAAGAGAAGUUGUGGAAAUGCAAGAAUGUGUAUGGAUGUAUAAACUCAAGCUCCUCUUUAGCCUGCAAUAAUUCAACACUUAAAUCAUGAAAAUCUAUUUCCCAUGGAUGAGUCCUUUACACUGAGUGAUAUGAUCAUGCUUUUAUUACACAGCUCAUUCGGGGAAACAAGUUUCCAAUGCAUUUUUUACUUUUUAUAUAGCUUUCUGUUUGUCCAUUUCUCACCUUUGUCCCUGUUUGUAUUAUAUCUGUUACUGUACAGAAAGUGCAUAUAAAUUAUCCUGUCCAAAAUAAAUCUAAAUGGGCACAAACUUCAUA